AAUUUUAAGCAGUUGCCGAAUACAUUUUGGCGCUUAGCACGUUGGUGAAGCGAUUUUGUUAUUUUCAUUUUAAUUAAUUUAAACUAAGUGUACGUUUUUAAAAUAUGUUAAAUUUAAGUUGUAUUAUUUGUGCACAAUUGAUUGCGCCAUCAAAUGUUGUGUAUAUAAUCCAUUGCGGACACAUGUUUCACGAAAGGUGUUUGAAGCAGUGGAUUCCAUACUCCGAGACUUGUCCGCAGUGCCGUCGUAAAUGUACACAGCACAACAUAUUUCGCGUCUACUUCAAUUUGGCAAAUUUAAAUGAAAGUAGAAUGGAUUUUGGAGCUAUGCAGGAACAAAUAGAUAACUCAAAACUGCAAAUCCAAUUGAAGGAAAGUCAACUUAAAGACUCAAAGGCUGAAUUAAAUUUGCUGAAGGAAAAGGAGAAGCGCGAAAAACUUGAAAAUGCGAUUCAACGAUUAAAAUUAACCACUAUCGUAAAUAAGGCCUUUAAGGAACAGGUAGCUUUACUAAAUAUAAAUCGAAAUCUGGAAAAUAAAAUAAAAUCAUUAGAAGAACACAUUGAGACCUUGGGUAAAACAUCAGCUUUGAUAAAGGCUUCUGGUGCCGACGUAGAGAAGAUCGUAAAAAAAGUAAAUAAUCCUACAAAACUUGCCACUUGGAUAAUAGCUUUAAAAAGGGAAGUGAAAAAACGUGAUCAUAAAAAUAGCUUACUACUGGAUAUGAUUAAACAGGCACAAACUAGAAUACUCAACGAAAAGAUAUUAAGGAAAACACAAGAAGAACGAAUGACACAACUUGUUAGCGAAAAUGAUCAACUAAAAGAAAAGAUAAAAUCAGCUUCUGUUGGGCAAUGUUCUAGUACUCAAGACUUGAUUACUAUUAAAAUGUCUUCACAGAAGCGAGGGCUUAAGUCUGGAACUAAUAGUCCGCGCUUGGAACAAAUUAACACAAAUGCUGAAAGUACAAAUUCAGAGAGUACAAAUAAUUUCGAACAAACAGCUCCUGGCCAACGUGUAAACACGCGUUACAAUUUGCGUGUUAGAAAAGUGUAUAAGUAAAUUGUAUUAAACUGUUUCCAAUGGACUUUUUAAUUUAAUCUCUUUUAUAUACUCCGUAUGUAAAGUAGUCCAUUUUUUUAAAUAAUUCUUUAAGUUUUACAUUGUUUAUACGUUAUACGUUUAUACGUUAUGUUCAAUUCUUAAUAACUUUGUAAGCAAUACGUGCUGUAAGAUUGUCUAGUUUAUGUAA